AAACUCACACACACACACUCUUUCUCAAACAUUUGUUUCAGAGAGAGAAAGAGAAAGAGAAAGAGAUCUGGACUGACAAAUCCUAUCUUUCAUCACAACGCACACCGGUUGCUUUACAUCCCAUAUACAUACACAAUUCACCUGUACAACAACACCUUCAAGAGGUGCUGCCACUUUAUUAUUCAUUUCUUUUUUAAGUCUAAAAUACAAACCGCUGAAUUUCGUAAAAGAAUCUGAAUUCGGAUUCAUUGAAGAAGAAGAAGGCAGUGGUAUCUUGUUGGUUCUUGACGAGGAGACCAAAGCAAUCCGACAUACGUGGUAAAUGUGCCUCCAAGAUUGAGGCGCAACCGUAACAGCAACCGCAAUCACAACAUCUACAUGGGCAGUGGUAGAUCUACGGAUCCGUGACGUUUCGCCUUGGUUAAGUCUGCAAAAGCAAACAUAAUUUACAAAAUUCUCACACACUCGAAAAAAGGCUGUCGAAUUCUCGCUAUUAUAAUCGGAUCCGAUCCAGACCCGGAGAAGCAAAAUCUGUAAAAGAAAAUCUGAUGGAGCUUCCUCAACCUCGACCGUAUGGAACACAAGGUAGGAAACCAACGCAUGACUUUCUUUCACUUUAUUCACCUGCUCAGCAAGAUCCAUCUCCUACCCCUCCAGGUGGCUGCUACCUUGAAACACAUGACUUCUUGCAACCGCUGGAACGCGUAGGGAAAAAUAUGGCUAAAGAAGGAAACAAAGUCGAAGAACCACCGAUCAGGAAGGCCCCCCCACCGGCUGCACCAACUGCAGUAGAACACAUUCUUCCUGGCGGGAUUGGGACGUACAGUAUCAGUCACAUUUCUUGUAUAAAUCAAAGCCAAAGGAUGCCAAAGCCUGAAGGGGUCCUGAUCACAGCUGCACAAUCUAGUGGCAGCGAUAAAAAUGACGAGAAUUCAAACUGCAGUUCUUACACAGGGAGUGGUUUUUCACUGUGGGAAGAAUCUGCUGCGAAAAAGGGAAAGACAGGGAAGGAGAAUAUCGCUGGAAACAGGCACGUGAUACGAGAGGGGGUGAUGAAGAUGGGAGGAGUGCCAUGGAUGGCAUCCGUGGAGCGGCCAUCACAGUCAUCAUCCGCCCAUAACCAUCCAAGCGCCACCAUCAGUUCUCUGUCGUCUUCGCGUCCAUCAUCAGCCCAGAAGAAUCCGAGCUUUGUCGAUAUGUUAAAGUCCGCUAAAAGUUGUCAAGAUGAUGAGGAUGAUGAAGAACAAGAGUUUGUUAUCAAGAAAGAACCAUCCUCACACUACAAAGGUGUUUUGUCUGUUAAAGUAGACACAGCACAUCAUGAUCAAAAGCCCAACACCCCGCGUUCUAAGCAUUCUGCUACCGAGCAGCGUAGAAGAAGCAAAAUUAAUGACAGGUUUUCGACACUGAGAGGACUCAUUCCUCAUGGUGAUCAAAAGAGAGAUAAAGCAUCAUUUUUAUUAGAGGUUAUUGAAUACAUUCAGUUUCUACAAGAUAAGUUGCAUAAGUUUGAGGAUUCAUGUCGGGGAUGGAAUAACGAACCGCCUUCGGUGAUACCAUGGAACAAUAAUCAAAGACCAACCGAAGGUUUUGUCGAUCAACCGCAAGUCCAAAACGGUGCGUCUGGACCAGCAUCGGUCAACAAGCGCGUUGCGUGCAUUAACCUUCCCCAAAAGGGGCAACCAGUAUUAGAUUCUGACUUAACUUCCCAUGAACAAGUUGGUCAACACGCUCGGUUGACCAAUAAAGGAUCUCCAUUUCCUUCACCCAUGCAGCCAAACAUAUAUUCUCCUGGCUGUGGAAGCACCAGUGUCACCGCACCACAUCCUUUGACACUAGCGUCGGAUACAGCGAAGGCAGCAUCUCCAUUAUGGCAGAGCCGAUCAUGCACAACCGAUUGCACCACGGUUGCUCGCGAUAAGCUGAAAGAUCAAGAACUAACAAUUGAAAGUGGCACAAUUAGCAUCUCAGCCAUUUACUCUCAAGGGUUAUUGACAACGCUAACACAAGCGCUACAGAACUCGGGUGUGGACUUGUCACAAGCCAACAUUUCAGUACAGAUUGACCUAGGAAAAAGAGCAAAACCUAGUACACAUGAUUCCUCUGCCCCCAUUCUUAAGACAAACGAAGAUGUAACGCUAGCGCGUUCAAGACUUGCAAGCACAUGGGACGAGAAAAGCGAUAAAGCGUUGAAGAGGUUUAAGACGAGCAGAAACUAAACCGAAACGCUUACUAGGACAAACUUAAUUCAAAAUUUGGUACCAUCACUACUCAUUUUUUCCAACUUUGACCUUAUCGAAGAUCAUUCUUGUUUUACAUUUGUGUUCAAGAUACAAUGUACAUUUCUUUUUUUUCUUUUGGGGGGUGGGGGGUAUUGCAUAGAAUAUUCUGACAAAUGUAUUAUUGGUAUUAUUAUCAUUAUUAUUCAUUGUUAUUUAUAUAGGGAGGCUUCCAAUAGAUUUUUGAGAAGCCAAAAUUAUACGAUGGAAGGAAACUGAGUCACUGGUUAUUUAUUGAAACCCCAUUUUUUGUGUUAA